CCCUUUUCAACUCUCUCUCUGUCCAGUGUCCUUUUCUCCUCUAUCUCUGUGCAUUUCUGCCGUGUUGCCUUUAAAUGGAGGAGUUGAGCUUCUUCGACUUCAAGAUUCACUGACUUUGCUCUCUAAAUACUCUCUGCUCUCAAAACUCAAUAUAGCCAGAUUUGAGUUUGGAGCCUUUGGAGUUUCUGGGCAAUCCCAAGACAAACUCCCCCACUUUUGAGCUUUUUGCUCUCAACCCUUUUAACCAUCUAGUGAGGAAUCCCCCAAAAGCCUCAAGAAAGAGAAACAAGAAACAGGAAAGAUCAGCUCAUUAACUUCUCUCUUCUUGGCUUCUUUUGCUGGGUGUGUGCCUGUGUGGUAUGGAAGUGGAUUAUCACAAGAGGAGUGGACAGAUUCCGGCGUUUGGGAACUGGGAUUACUCAAACGACCUGCCCAUCACUCAGUACUUCGAGUGCGCCAGACAGGCUGGCUUGGUCCCCCCUCACUGCCCGUCUUCUUCUUCUUCCGGUGAAUGCGGUCGCCCGCAGCCACAUGUGGGUGCUGGUUUGUCUGGAGAGAGACAUCAACACCGUCGUCGUCAUCCUGGUGCUGCUUCUCUUGGUGUCCCUCCUCGAAAGACAAGAGUGAGGGAAAAUCGAGUUGCGCAUGUCAAGGAGCCAAACAAGCAAUCUAGAACGCGUGACGGCGACGGCGACGUCCCAGAACCGCCAAAGGAACAGCGAUACGUGCCUCUUUCUGGCAACAAGAAGAACAAGAUUGUCAAUCAACUGCAAGAAGACGACAGCGGCGGUUCGGCCGCCCAUCCUCAGAUGGCCCCAAGAAGACGACCCCCGAAACCCGUCGACGAAGAUCUCUACAAAAUUUCCCCUGACCUCCUUCGCACCACCAAGAGGAAGAAGAUGCUGGGAUUCAUCGCAAGAUGUCUGAGUCCAGCUUGCUCAGCUUAAGCUCAUUGUCCAGGUCCUGUGCUAGUGAGAACUCAAGAAUGUUCACACCUACAGUUUCUUUUAUUGUGGUAUUGUUUUUUACCUAACAUGUGUGGAAAUAAGUGAUAUAAAAAACGAGUGUAGAUCGAGGAGGUAGAAGUACAUUUCUGGA